CUUCCGGCUGCUCUGAAGCUUUUAGUGGAAGUUUAGUUGAGUUGAGUUUACCUGCUCAGGUUAGUCUCAUGAGCUCAGCUAGUUUGAAUAGAGAGAGAGAUGAGUGGACAGACGGUCCCUGCGGACUUCUCGGGACACAUGUUGGACCUGGACGAGGACGACGACUUGGAGGUCUUCAGUAAGAACACAUCGCUGGCAGAUGGAAGUCCCAUGCCCAACUCCCCCAGCUCCAUGGUCAACCAGUACAGACUGGAGGAGGAGGAGGACGAGCAGCAAGAUGCCGACACCAAAGACAUCUUCACCACCGUUGAUCACCCAGAGAGCCAUGUCACUGCCAUCGAAACCUUCAUCAUGUAUAGAGUCAUGACCAAGACCACGCGGGGCGAGUUUGACUCCAGUGAGUACGAGGUACGCCGGCGCUACCAGGACUUCUUGUGGCUCCGAAGCAAACUGGAAGAAAACCACCCGACACUCAUUGUCCACCCGCUUCCGGAGAAGUUUGUGAUGAAAGGCAUGGUGGAACGCUUCAACGACGACUUCAUCGAGACCAGGAGGAAAGCUCUGGACCGCUUCCUCGACAAGACCUCCGAGCAUCCCAUACUGUCUUACAGCCCGCACUUCAAAGUCUUCCUCACUGCACAGGAGUUGUUGUCUCACAAGAAACAGGGUCCAGGCUUCCUGAGCAGGAUGGGGGAGACGGUGAGGGCGGUAGCCAACUCGGUACGAGGCCUGAAGAGCCGGCCGGAGGAGUUCGCUCUGAUGCAGGAGUACGUGGAAGACUUCAGCAACAAGAUGAGCUCUGUGGACAAAGUCACCCUGAGGAUCAUCAAGGAGCAAAGAGAGUACCUGGAUGAGCUGAAGCAGUACAGCCCCACCUACACCCAGUGGGCGGGGUCAGAGGAGGAGCUGGCGGAGCCAUUGAAAGGCGUGGCCGGCUGUGUGGAGCGCUGUAGUAAGGAAACAGAAGAGCAGAUCCACCAUCUGUCCGACGUCCUCGUCCCCGCUCUGCACGAGUACGUCCUCUGUGCCGAGACCCUGAAGGCUGUGAUGAGACGGAGAGACAACAUCCAGGCCGAGUAUGAAGCCAAGAACGAGGCCCUGGCAUCCAGGAGAGUGGAGCAAGAAGAUCUGCAGGAUGAGGUGGACGGUCUGGCGGACCGCGUGGAGCAGGCCAACAACGCCUUGAAGGGAGACUGGUCCCGCUGGCAGAGCAGCAUGAGGACUGACCUCAAAUCAGCCUUUCUAUCCACCGCUGAGAAGAAUGUGGAGUACUACGAGAAGUGCCUGGCUGUGUGGGAGUCCUUCCUCCUGUCUCAGAGAGUGGAGCCCAGCGAGCAGACCGACGGGGACGACGCCUCUUAAAGUGUGGAGACGGUGGAAACGUCUUCCCAGAGGACUCUCUGUUGUCUCUCCAACGCGUCCAAAUAAAGACUCUGAACCGACCUCCUCUUAUGCAAAAACACGCAUCAUGUACGAAAACAAGCCCGCUCUGCCUCUCUGUCUCUCUCUCUCUCUCUCUCUCUCUCUCUCUCUCUCUCUCUCUCUCUCUUUCUGUCUGUCUGGCCAAAGAAGUUAAUCCCAGCCCACCAUUCCAGUGAUGACUGUGCAUUACAAAGAACCAACACUGUGAUCCAAAUAUCCACAUUCUGGUGUUACACUCCUCCGUGUGCGUUGCCAAAAGUUAAAAGCUGCCUCUUCUGGCUCCACUCUGCUGCUUUGUUGUGCAUUAUGUUUGGUAGAUACAGUAACUGUACUCUAUGUAGAUGAUAGAGGGACAUGUACAUACUUCCCUCCAUCAUGGCUGAAGAACAGCAGCGUCCCGUUGACCAAAACUAAUAAUGCAACCAGGUGGCCCUCUUCACUCCAUUAGUUGGAAUGUUCCAACUUUACCAUCCGGAAGUUAAACACAUACGACAAAAUAAGAGUGGUAAACUCUCGUGCCAAGGUCCAUGAUGUCUAAAUCAUCUCUCGUCUCGCACAAUAUAAGUCCCCAACGCUAGCUAGCUGGCUAACAUAGCUAUGUCCCACGCACAAAUGUGACCUUAUCUGACCUGAUGUGUUUCAUCCAGCGACUCCUGGCCUUUUUAUCAGCUGGGAAGAGAAUUGUGGGAUGGCGUUAUCUCGUUUGGUAAAGGAUGGUCCAGUGUAUCCUCUGCUAAAGGAGAUGAGAAAGGAAACAUUAAAGCACCUUUCCUUAGCAUUUAGAGAUUUGGACCAGCUGUCAUCAUGACUGCCAUCAUGGAAGUAUAGAGAGAACUGGAUCAAGCGUCGGAGGCUCCCGUUCAUUCCUUUGAGAGUUGCUCAGUGGUGCGUGAAGCCAAAACGGCUCGAGUGCUAAAGCACCCGACAUACACGUCUCUUUCCCAAUUUAAGUCAACAGGGAAAAGUCUUUUUGGGCCCGAUGGCAUCAGGUGACGGACACGGAAGGUGUAGUACCGCCGGUUGACCGCUACAAACAUUUGCUUCAAAGCCCGGCACUCUUCCUGGGGGGGCUUGACUGCCACUUAGAUACUUCCAGGUCAUUUCACUCAGUUAGGAACCUUCCUAAGAAAAAAGACUUCCACUGCAGUCGUGGAUUUAGUAAAAGGCGUGGUCAUCUAACGCAGAGGUCAGACUACAUGACAGCCCCGUUAUGGUCCUUUUACAAUGACAUUGACCUUUAAACAUGGAGGAGAAACAGAGGAACAGAUUUCAGUCAACCUGAAACCAUCUGACGGUCCCCUUUGGGUCAGGAGCAUUAUACCAAAUUAGGGAUGCACCGAUACCGAUACCAGUAUCGGGUAUCGGGUCCGAUACUGUGCUCAUGUACUCGUACUCGCAAAAAGGCUCCACGGGGUUUUGCUUGCACCCUCUGACUCCUUGGUCCGUGUUUCAAGACGAAUUGGGUGGGUUGCCGACAACGUCGCAGACCCCUGGCGCCUUUUACGUGGGCCUCGGCACGACGUAAAAAGCGCCCCCGGUCGACAGUCGCACCGGGAGCAGGGAGCCACGUCACGGUGCGGCGAGUUUCGGGCGGGGAACGCUGUAAAGCUGCGGCCGCGAGCCACCUUCACCCCGAUCCGUUCCAAGCCGACUUAGAGCCGGUUGCAGCGCAUUGCCUGGUGUGCCGCCGUGUGUAGCUCACACCCUCCAGCUGGCUGUUAACGAGGGUCUUUUGGCACAGAGAAGUACUCGUAUCGGUACUCGGUAUCGGCGAGUACACAAAUGUAAGUACUCGUACUCGGUCUGAAAAAAAGUAGUAUGGGUGCACCCCUAUACCAAAUGAAUCACAUCUGUGGGUGUGACGUCACCCUCUGCAACAAUGAAUGAUUCCAGGUUCUCUGAUAUUCACUGAUAAGAACAUACAGCGACAUGGAGGGCUGCAUACAGUCCCACACAGACACUACAUCGGCCGCCUGCAGGCACAGACGUUCACGUCACAGCCAGAGUGUGAUCGCCUGAUCUGACACAGUGACCAUCUCAGCUGUGUAUUAUAAUAAUAAUAAUAAUAAUAAUAAUAAUGAUUUAAUAUGCACAACUUUAACUGAAUGCUAGUUCAGGUCCUGCCUCUAUUAUGUGUUUUCUCAUUAAUUUACAGAAGAGGAAUCAGCCAGUGUACACUGAGAAGUCCAAUAAUAACCUUUCACUACAGAAUAGCUGAAGGAAUGCGUUGAACAUCACAUACAGACGACUUCUCCAUCUGAAGGUCCUCUCAGGCUAACAUGUAACAUCAGAAUGCUCUAAUAAAUAACACAGUACUAUUGAUGAGAGGAGCCUUAAAUGCUCUAUGAAGUGAACGUUUGGUUGUUUGUGCCGACAGAGAUUUCACGUUUACACGUCCGAUGAAGACGAGCUACAGUUUUUCUGCAACGUCUUUGUAACGGAAUGCUUUAAUAAUCUUUUUUAUACUGAUAUCAUCUUCUCCUUUUUUUGCUUUUAUCAUUAUGGAAUAUGUAAAAAAAAGUUUGAAUAAAAUUGAUUUUGAGAUAAUAAUAAUAAUAAAGACAAGACAUCACACUA